AUGCACAGUCCAUCUCCUGCCCCUCUAGGCCGUGGACAGGAGGAUUCUCUACCGGUCUCUCCUACAUCUCCGCGCUUCGCUGUCCUCUCUUCCCCUACGCUUGCGGACAACCAGACGGCUAGUUCUGGUUCUGGCUCCAGCACCCGCAUACAUAAUGCUAACUUGGUUUCUGUUGACCUGCCUGCCGUCUUGAGCUGGCUACGCGACAUCUGUUUCGAAUUGUGGAUCGACCAAGAGGGCUUUCGGCGCAUACAACCAAAAUUCAGGCUCGUUGGAUACACGCCUCCCUCGCCGGAUCCCGAUAUGUCUUGCGACAACGACUUGACGCACGGAAUCGCUCUAUUUCGUCCCGUCCGACGGGUAUCGUCGACCUACCACCAUGGCAUUCUCGACUCGCUCCCCGCUAUCCGCAGGCUCACACUCGCAGACAGGGAAGACAAGGAUUACAUGUCUCGUCAGGCCAGCCUGGCCAUCAAGGCGAACGGCGUGUAUGUCGUUACUGGCACCGAAUCAUUCGAGGAUCUCCCUCCAGGCAGCCCGGGUAGCGGCCUUUCACAUGCGGCCAACAACUUUCUGAACCUCGGCCCGGAUCAUGCAGAACAACCCAAAUUACGAUGGCGAUUCGAGUACAUGGUCGAAGAUAGGAAGAACGAUUCUGGCAAGGUCAUGACUGGAGAGAAGGUCUUGACUCCGCUGGGUUUCUCGUGCUCUCCUGGACUGCUUCACCCCUCUCACGGCAAGCGCAUCCGCCUCGUGCAAGUUCUCAUGAAGAACAUGAUCCCCAAACUCUCUUCUGCGAAGCUCACGGCGACAAAUGUGGCGGCGCGGGUGCAGACUCAGAGGCCGGUCGGAAUUCUCAGCUCAGAGGCCAUCCGAGGGGCCUUCGGAAGCAUUGACUUGCCCAGGUCUCCUCCCGUUUUGCGCGCGAAGAAUCUUAUCCGCACACUAUCUGGUCACCGUAGAACGCGUUCUUCGGAGCCGUCGAGCAUCCCGUG